GCCUCCUUCUCCGUUUCUUCUUCUUCUUCCCCAUCAUUCCAACGAGAAAGAUCCAACCUUUUGCACUUUUCAAUUUCAGAAAAGCCAUUAUAAUACAAACUCCAACACACAAGAAUCUGCGUCUCUCUCUCUCUCUCUCUCUCUCUCUCUAGAUGAAGAACCAGAAGGAGCAAAACCCGUUUCCAUCUCCAUCAUCAUCAUCACAAGCUCUGACAAAGCUUCUCAAUGCACAGUACCACCAUUUCAUCAACCUCCUCUCUUGCUCACUCAUCUUCUGUUGCGGCGUCAUUGUCGGGAUUCUCCUCCAUUCCUCUCUCCAACACCUCUCUCUCUCUCCUCCUCUCUCCGGCCUCCAGCGCAUCUCUCAGCACCACAUGAUGACCUCUCCUCCUCCUCCGCCGCCUCCGCCGUCCAGUCGCGGCGGCGGAGGACUGGAACACUUUUUUCGGCCGCCGGAAGAUCUGAUGCACGAGAUGGAGGACGAAGAGCUUCUGUGGAGAGCUUCCAUGAUGGAUCCAAAGAUCAAGACUUACCCUUUCCAUCGAACCCCCAAAUUGGCAUUCAUGUUCUUGACGAAGGGCCCCUUGCCUCUGGCUCCUCUGUGGGAGAAGUUCUUCGAGGGGCAUAACGGUCUUUUCACCGUCUACGUGCACUCGGAUCCUUCCUACAAUUGGUCAAUGCCUCGAGGUUCUGUCUUCCAUGGCCGACGAAUCCCCAGUAAGAAAGUCGAAUGGGGAAACGUAAACAUGGUAGAGGCAGAGAGAAGGUUAUUAGCAAACGCGUUAUUAGACAUUUAUAACGAACGGUUCAUUCUCCUGUCCGAAUCAUGCGUCCCUCUCUUCAAUUUCUCCACCGUUUAUUCGUAUCUCACCUCUUCCUCCCUCUCCCACGUCGAGUCCUACGACCUCCCCGGCUCGGUCGGUCGCGGCCGCUACAACCGCCGCAUGGGCCCCACCCUCCCCCUCCACUGCCACGGCUCGUGCUACUCGGACGAGCAUUACCUGCCCACGCUGGUCAACGUCGGGAAGGGGUUGGGUCGGAGGAACUCGAACCGGACCCUCACGUGGGUCGACUGGUCCAAGGGCGGCCCCCACCCGAACCGGUUCGUGCGGCCGGAGGUGACGGAGGAGUUCUUGGCCAAGCUAAGGACGAGUGAGAAGGGGUGCGUGCAUAACGGUGGGAGGACCAGGGUUUGUUACCUCUUCGCUCGUAAGUUCUUGCCCACUGCUUUGGACCGGUUGAUUAGAUUUGCUCCUAAGGUUAUGCAUUUCGGAUGAUUCUUUUUUAUUUUUACAUUAGCUUUUAAAAUUCAUUUAUAUUCUUUUUUCGUGGUGAUUGGUGGUAUUUGUUCGCAAUUUUCUUGCAUUAAUGUAUUAUAUUAUAUGUAUGAUGUAAUUCUUGGAUCAAUAAUCGCCAUAUGAAAUUUCCGACA